CUCCGCCAUGCAGCCAGUGUCGGCGUAAAGACAGCAGCAGCAGCGCAGUCUUACCUCUCCCUCCUCUCUCCUCUUUCUUCCUCCGUGUCCCUGCGAGCUUGUCUCUCCUUGCCAUGCACCCGGUCGCCUCGCUGCUGCUCUUUGCCCUGCUGGCCGUUCCGAGCUGGGGCUACUUCCCCGAGGAGCGCUGGAGCCCCGAGUCCCCGCUGCUCGCCCCCCGGCUGCUCAUCGCGCUGGUGUGCCGCAACGCGGAGCACUCGCUGCCGCUGUUCCUGGGAGCCGUGGAGCGGCUGCAGUACCCCAAGGACCGCAUCGCGCUCUGGGUGGCGACAGAUCACAACAUAGACAACACCACAGCCAUCCUCAGAGACUGGCUCAUCAAGGUGCAGAACUACUAUCACUAUGUGGAAUGGAGACCUGAUGAUGAAUCCAGUGCAUUUCAUGAGGAGGUGGGACCAAAGCACUGGAAUAAUCUUCGUUAUGAAUAUGUAAUGAAGCUCCGUCAGGCAGCGCUGGACACUGCCCGUGAAAUCUGGGCCGACUACUUCAUGGUGGCUGACUGUGACAACCUGCUCACCAAUCCGGAUGUGUUGUGGAAGCUGAUGAGUGAAAACAAGACCAUCGUUGCUCCCAUGCUAGAGUCCAGAGCGGCUUACUCCAACUUCUGGUGUGGCAUGACUUCGCAGGGUUACUACAGGCGAACUCCAGCCUACAUGCCCAUCCGCCGGCGGGAGCGCCAGGGCUGUUUUGCUGUACCCAUGGUCCACUCUACCUUCCUGGUGGACCUCAGGAAAGAGGCCUCCCGGGAGCUGGCUUUUUAUCCACCGCACCCGGAGUACGGCUGGGCCCUGGAUGAUGUCAUUGUCUUUGCCUACUCGGCUCGCAUGGGAGAUGUGCAGAUGUAUGUAUGCAACAAAGAAACCUACGGGUAUUUCCCAGUGCCCAUGCGUGCACAUGCUACCUUGCAGGAUGAGGCAGAGAGCUUUUUGCAUACACACCUUGAAAUCAUGGUGAAACAUCCACCAUUAGAGCCCUCCAGCUUCCUGUCUCUUCCAUUCAGGCAGCCCAAUAAGAUGGGCUUUGACGAGGUUUUCAUGAUAAAUCUGGUACGGAGGACCGACCGCCGUGAGCGAAUGCUGAGAACUCUGUAUGAGCAGGAGCUCAGUUGUAAGGUUAUUCCUGCUGUGGAUGGCAAAGCUCUGAACACGUCUGAGAUAGACGCUAUGGGGAUUAAGAUGCUGCCAGGAUACAAAGACCCUUAUCAUGGCCGACCCCUCACCAAGGGUGAACUGGGUUGUUUCCUCUCUCAUUAUAACAUCUGGAAGGAGAUAGUGGAUCGUGGUCUGCAGACGUCCUUGGUUCUAGAGGACGACCUCCGUUUUGAAGUGUUCUUCAAACGCCGUCUCCAGGCGCUGCUGCAGGAGGUCACGACACACAAGCUGGACUGGGAUCUCAUUUAUAUUGGACGGAAGCGGAUGCAGGUGGACCACCCAGAGAAAUCGGUACCAAACAUCCAUAACCUGGUGGAGGCAGACUAUUCCUACUGGACACUCGGCUACAUGUUGUCAUUACAAGGAGCGCAGAAGCUCAUGCAUGCUGAGCCUUUGACCAAGAUGCUUCCUGUGGAUGAGUUCCUCCCUGUGUUGUAUGACAAACACCCCAUUUCAGAGUACAUGGACCAGUUUGAGCAUCGGGACCUGCUUGCAUUUUCUGCCGAGCCGCUCUUAGUGUAUCCAACCCAUUACACGGGAGACACGGGCUACAUAAGUGACACGGAAACAUCCGUCGUCUGGGACAAUGAAACGGUCAAAACCGACUGGGAUCGAGCCAGGUCCAGGAAGACUCAGGAGCAGGGCGAGCUGAGCUUCAAUGCCCAGAACUCUGACGUCCUGCAGUCUGAAAUGGACAACUGGAGCGCUCGAGACGAGCUGUGACGAAGAACCAAAGACACAAAGAGUAGGAGAGUAAGAAGUCCAGAGUGCAGCGGCGAGGGAGAGCGAACAAAAGCUGUGAUGGGAAGCAAAAAGGAGAAUACGGAGGCAGCGUGAUGGAACUGGAACGGCAGAGAGGAUUGACACUGAUCUGAUGAGGAAAAAUGGUUUUCUAUGUACAUUUCUCACUCCACUAUUGUAUCUCUCUUGAGAGAUUUAGAUGUAGAGUUAACUCUUGAAGAGUCAGCAGCUUUUGUUUAAUUUAUUGCAUCACACAUUUCAUGCCUCAUUACAUGUUGUGCCUCGUUCACAGCCGGAUCCGUUCGUGAGUAUUUCUCCUUUAUUGAUUGAGAUUUUCCACGCUCAUGCCAUGAUGCGCACAUCUUCCUUUGUGUAACAAAAUAAGAAUCUAAAGGAAGUUUGACCGUAAUUUCACAUAUCCAACUUUAAAACACUAUCGGACGACUUCCAGCAGCGUUUCGCCUGCCCUGCUUCACAUCAGCAGAACCUUUGUAGUUGUAUAUUAAAGCUGCAGUAUGUUUUGGGUUAAAUGGAAGCUUUUGAUAUUAUUUUACUCUUUUACAGAUUCCCCCAAAUCUUACCUUUUACAUGAUUUUUCUCUGGUUUUGCCUGGAAGCUGUUUGGCUUGUGACCUUUUGCAAGUCCACUGGCUUGAGCCAGUUGUGCCAAAGAGUUGUUGUUUAACUAGCUAUUACAAAAGAUGUAAGUGACGAUAAAGGGUGUAAUUUCUGGGGAAGAAGUGCAGUAUGUCUGUAUGUUCCUACUUUCUUUUCCAAAUCAUCCUGAGACCUUAAGAUGUAUCUCGCAACCCUACUCGGGGUUCUGAAACUGAAUAUUUUUAGCGUUUAGCACGGCUCCACGUCUUCAGAAUGUUCUUCACUUUUUUAGGGUUUGUGUUUCUAUUUUCUUAAGUUAAACAUUUUGUCACAUGAUGUACAACAUUUUUACAUUUGCAAAACAAUCAGUUUAGUGUUUCCUGUUUUUCUGCUCUCAAAAUAUUGAAGUUUUAACAGAAACUAGCAGCUUUGGUUUCAUGUUGUCUGUUGGAAUAAAUUAAAUUACUGUACAUCUUUAGAGUUUCAGUGUUUUGUCUCCUUUUUGUUUUUAAAAUGCUCUCUUGUUUUAUUUUGUACUAACC